AUGACUCCCUAUAAACCCACGGUCCGCACGAUCCUCACCCUCACCAGCUUCCGCGAGCUCACAGACCCCGAGGACGCCAGGUUUUUCCUUGAAGCCAGCAAUGCCACGCCUACCGUCGCAGCUAUGAAGGCUCAUAUGUCGACACAGGAGGCUGCGCAGCUCGACGACCUCAUCCUCGAGAACUACGCGCUGGACCACUUCUUCAACAGCCUCGACAUCAACGAGCUUUUUUCCCUUAACGCAGCUUGCGACGCAGCCCGCACCUAG